GAGGCGUGUGAAGGAUCGGGAAAGAGACUGCGACAACGUAACAGCUUCGUGCAGCCUUAAGUUGUGCUCAGUUACAGGUCUGCUGAGUUACGGAUAUUUUCUUUAUAAAGACAGCGGAGGGCAGUAGAGAGAGGGGGCUCCACGUCCUUAUCCUCCGUUCGCCUUGGCAAACUGGAAAAUCUUUUCUGAGCUGCAUAUUUAGCAGCGAGCUAUCUGUCGGCGGAGCACACGGAGCGCUCGCCAUAACGGCUCGCUGAUGCGUUUGCGGGACUCGGCGCCGCUCUGCGUGCCGAUGCGUGGCUUGCGGGCUCCGUGCCGACUCACAGAUGGAGAUCCCCGCCGCUAGGUCUCCCGACACUUCUCCGCAGGGCAGGUAAUAUCGCGCAAAAUAAAAGGACAGCGACUGAUAGGUUAUUCUGCGCCUUCUUAGUGCGUUGUCAGAAAGCUGUUGGGCACCGGCUGGAAUGGAAGGAGAGCGCAUAAUAUGGUCAAGGCGGGACUGUUGUAAAAAAUCACAAGAAAGAAUGAAGUAACAGCGAUGGAGCCGCAUAAUGCCCCGGACUCCAAACUCAAACCAGCUGGAGUCGGGGGGAGAGCCUUAAUUCUCUGUACUGUUUUAUAUUGUACUUGUUACCUGGGACUUGCACAAGUACAGUCUGAAGAUGUGGACAUUCUCCAAAGGCUGGGCCUCACUGGGAAGAAGCCUCCACCAGCAUCCACAGGGUCCCGCCCCCUUCCUCACGGGGUCAUCCCGUUCAAGUCGGGCGUCAUCCUCAACCAGCGGGCACGCGUGGAGGCGCCGGUGGGCACAGUGGUCCCCCCCAGCUACGGCACCAACUUGGCUCUGGUCCUGAGCCUGUGCUCCCACCGUGUCAACAGUGCCUUCCUCUUCAGCAUCGUGUCAAAGAAGAAGAAGCUGCAGCUGGGGGUGCAGUUCGUCCCCGGGAAGAUCGUCGUCUACGUGGGGCAGAAGAAGUCUGUAUAUUUUGACUAUGACGUUCAUGAUGGCCAGUGGCACAACCUGGCUAUGGAUAUCCGGGACCAGAAGGUCACCUUAUUUACUUCUUGUGGGAAGCAUCUUGUACAUGCAGAUUUGCAUUUUAAAAAAGAGGAGACUCUGGACCCUGAGGGCUCCUUCCUCUUGGGUAAAAUGAAUCAAAAUUCAGUGCAGUUCGAAGGUGCCAUCUGUCAGUUCGAUAUUUAUCCCUCUGCCAAGGCAGCUCACAACUAUUGUAAGUACAUUAAGAAACAAUGCAGGGAAGCGGACACAUACCGGGCCAAUCUGCCUCCCCUCAUUCCCCUUUUGCCUCGACAUUCUAAUGUUACUGUUCCCUCCAACACCCCGCCGUCCUUGACUGAGGUCACUAAGAAAGCCUUCACCUCAAGCCUGGCUCUGACCCGUGUCGGAACCACUGUUAAGCAUGUGGUCCGACCAAGCCGGAUCCCAGCCAUCAACUACACCGCAGUGCGCCAGGGCAAGGCGACUCGCCCCACCGUCACGACCCCAUCCAUCCGCAGCACCAUGGGCCCUACCGUCCAAGUGCACGGCCUCCAGCGGCCAUCGCCGGCCCACACGCCCACGGUCACCGCUCCCCUCAGGACCAGCACGGCUUCCCCAAAGACACCUGCUCCGAAACGGCCAAAACCCACGACUCGCGGUACUACAAAGAAAGCCACGGCCGGAAAAGCUGCCGGCAAGGAAGCCAGAAGCAGCGGCACGGCUGUGACCAGUACUACCAUCCCAACGAGGCCCACGGUAGCCAAGAAGAACCCCCAGCCAACGCGGACCACCCCGCACUACGCCAAACCCACUUUCGCGCCAGUCACACCAGCGGCCACUGACGGCUACCAGACCUAUGACCUGGAAGUGACUCAUUAUUCACUCUUGGCUGGACCUCCGGGACUGAAGGGAGAGCCAGGACCAAUGGGAGCUCCAGGACCACCUGGGAAGAUUGGGCCGUCAGGAAAGCGGGGAUCUCGGGGUCCUCCAGGACCACAUGGGAAUCCAGGGCCUCCAGGUCCACCUGGACUAAAGGGGAGAAAAGGAGACCCAGGACUCUCACCUGGAACUGCACCCAGUGGAGACAAAGGCGACUCGGGCAUGAUGGGCCCGCCUGGAUUACCUGGCCAAUCAGGUCGAAAGGGUCAAAAGGGGCACCCUGGUCAUCCUGGACACCCAGGAGAUCCAGGACAGAGAGGCCUGGACGGAAACCGGGGGGACAAAGGUUAUCCUGGCAGGCAGGGCUUACCUGGGCCUGUUGGUGUUAUGGGGCCGAAAGGCGCUCGGGGCUUCAUAGGUGUCCCUGGGCUUUUCGGCCUACCUGGCUCUGACGGUGAAAGAGGUGCUCCUGGAGUUCCAGGGAAGAGGGGGAAGAUGGGUAGGCCGGGCUUUCCAGGGGAUUUCGGUGAGCGAGGGCCCCCAGGGAAUGACGGGGAGCCGGGGGGGCUGGGUGCCCCUGGUCCUAAUGGAGUUCCUGGACUCAUUGGUGACAUGGGGCCCGCAGGAGAAAUGGGUGAACCAGGACCUCAAGGACUCAAGGGAGUGCCCGGAAAUCCAGGAGAACCCGGACUGAAAGGUGAUAAGGGUGAAAUUGGUCUUCCUGGGGAAAAAGGAGAAGUCGGAUUUCAAGGUGACAAGGGUGCACAGGGUCUGGCGGGAAUGCCAGGUAUUCGUGGGAAGCCUGGGCCACAGGGGAAGCUCGGUGAUAGAGGCCCUGACGGCUUAGGCGGUCCCCCUGGGCCGGAAGGUUUUCCAGGGGACAUCGGACCACCGGGACAGAAUGGUCCGGAAGGACCAAAGGGAAAACCAGGCGCAAGAGGCUUGCCAGGUCCGAGAGGGGCAGCUGGAUUAGGGGGAGACGAAGGGCCAAUCGGACCUCCUGGAGCUCCUGGGCUGGAGGGUAGACCUGGAAGGAAAGGUUUCCCUGGCAGUCUUGGCCCUGAUGGCGUAAAGGGAGAGCCAGGAAUAACCGGGAAGGCUGGGACCGUUGGAGAAAGGGGCCUCCCCGGAUUCAUUGGUCCUGUAGGAGAACCUGGGAUUGCAGGAGAGAAGGGUGACCGGGGGGAGAUGGGCCUCCCAGGGCCCCCAGGCGAAAAGGGAGCAAUGGGACACCCAGGACCCCCAGGUGAAAGUGGCCCCUCAGGGCCCCCAGGAAAACCAGGGUCUCUUGGGUCGCGGGGGCCAGUUGGCACUAGGGGACCCAAAGGCAGACGGGGUGCCAGAGGGCUUGACGGUCUGCCAGGCGAGCAGGGGUCGGCGGGCGCAAAGGGUCCUGACGGUCCACCAGGAAAAAUUGGCUUUCCGGGACAGCAGGGGAAGAUUGGGGAACCAGGUGAAACUGGGCCGCAAGGAUUUCCAGGCAUUCAUGGGCCAUCCGGACCCCCAGGGAUGAAAGGAAUAGCAGGCAAACCGGGACCCCCAGGGCCACCGGGGACUGUUGGACCCCUGGGAGAGAUCGGCCCCAAGGGUCCCCCAGGCAAAGUGGGCGAGCUGGGCCUGGCAGGGGAACCAGGCGAGAAGGGCACUCUGGGGUCUCCGGGAAACAUCGGAGAGCAGGGCUUGAUUGGCCAGAGGGGGGAACCAGGCCUUGAAGGAGAAGCUGGUGCUGCUGGGCCGGACGGAACUAAGGGUGAGAAAGGUGACAUGGGUCCUGAGGGUGACAAAGGAGAGAAGGGCGUCAUCGGGCUGCCAGGAAAGGAAGGACAGCCUGGGGACCCUGGCCUCACUGGUGUCAGGGGCCCAGAAGGGAAGCCGGGCAAAAUCGGGGAGAGAGGCUUUCAAGGACAGAAGGGUGCCAAAGGUCAUCUGGGUCACCUGGGAGAGACGGGCCCUAUAGGAGAGCUGGGGCCAGCAGGCUUCGUGGGGCCGAAGGGGUCGAGAGGAACAAUCGGAUCGGCGGGACCUCCCGGGCGCAUGGGUCAGCAAGGAGAACCAGGCUUAGCAGGAUAUGAUGGCCACCAAGGACCCCAGGGCCCAAUGGGGCCUCCUGGACCCAAAGGUGAAAAGGGGGAGCAGGGAGAUGAUGGCAAGGUUGAAGGCCCUCCUGGUCCUCCGGGUGACAGAGGCCCUGUUGGAGACAGAGGAGAUCGAGGAGAGUCCGGGGACCCAGGUUACCCUGGCCAGCAAGGUAUGGAUGGAGAGAGAGGCAAGGCUGGAGCUCCUGGUAUGCCUGGAGAUCCUGGACCUCCUGGGCAGCAGGGACCAAAAGGAUCCAAAGGCGGUGAAGGUCAGAAAGGCAAGCCAGGCCCACAAGGGGUUUCCGGAAGCAGAGGGACACCGGGUCCCGUUGGUCCCCCUGGCCCAAGAGGAGUUGUAGGCAGGGAAGGACUGGAAGGCAAUCCAGGGAUUGAUGGAAUUCCAGGGAAGGACGGGAGCAAAGGAAUGCCAGGCGAGCAGGGGGACGACGGGGACAUUGGACUUCCUGGCAGUGCUGGUUACCGUGGCAAAGUGGGCAUGCUGGGGUUGCCAGGCGAUCAGGGCUCCUUUGGACCAAAGGGUGAGAGGGGACUUCCUGGCCAAACGGGACCUUCAGGAAAGCGAGGGGCUAUAGGAGGAAUGGGCCUGCCGGGGAAGCAAGGGGACCAGGGAGCCAAAGGACAGCCUGGCGAUAGUGGAGACCCUGGAUUCCCUGGGAUUCUUGGCGUAUUUGGCCCAAAGGGGCCUCCUGGGGACGUGGGACCGGUAGGAAUACAGGGACCCAGGGGUCCACAGGGUUUGAUGGGGAAGCAAGGUGUCAUAGGUCCAACUGGAAUAAUUGGGCCCAGUGGAACUCCAGGACCUAAGGGAGACAAAGGCAGUCGAGGGGAGAUGGGUGUUCAAGGUCCAAAGGGGCCUCCUGGACCACGUGGCCCCCCCGGACCUCCAGGCCGCCCAGGAGUACCCCUGGCAUUCGAACAUGAAACUCUUGAGGCUGCAUUUCAAGUGUUCAUCGAAACAAACACUGCACUCAGGAAAGAGCAAAAUCACCAGGGUAUGGACCUUCCCAUGCUGGACCAGGGAACAGAGAUCUUUAAGACCCUCCACUACCUCACUAACCUGGUGCAUAGACUGAAGAAUCCAGCAGGCACCCACGACAAUCCCGCCCGUAUCUGUCGAGACCUCAAGGACUGUGAGCAAAGGCAGAACGAUGGUACUUACUGGGUGGAUCCAAAUCUGGGAUGUGCCUCAGAUGCCAUCGAAGUCACCUGCAAUUUUACUAGUGGUGGACAGACCUGUUUGAGACCACUGACUGUUUCAAAGUUGGAGAUCGCUGCGGGCCGAGUCCAGAUAAACUUUCUGCACCUGCUGAGUUCUGAGGCCAUACAGCACAUUACCAUCCACUGCCUGAAUAUGCCAGUGUGGAGAUCUGGUGCUUCUGAAGAACCUUCCCAGAAUUCUGUGCGUUUUAAGGCUUGGAAUGGCCAGACCAAUGAUGUAGGCGGGGCAGUGAGACCCGAAGUUCUCCAAGACGAUUGCUGGAUUAAAGAUGGACGCUGGCAUCAGACCCGUUUUGCAUUCCGUACCCAAGACCCCAAUCUGCUCCCCAUUGUAAAAGUGUACAAUCUGCCAGAUACCAAGCCUGGGACACACUACCACCUGGAGGUAGGACCUGUCUGCUUCCUGUAGGAGGCUGUGACAAGGCAGAGCUCCUCUCCCUGGGCCAAGAGGAAGUAGGAGCCCCCCAAGGGAAAAAAAAAUCCUCCUUCUGCUUUUCAGCAUUCUCUGACACCCCGUCAAGUAGACAUGUGGCCCGGGUGAUGGGGCACCGGGGCGAUUUCUGAGGAAUCGGGAUUUUCUGAGGAAUCGGGAUUUCUCGCACAUGGGUGGCAUUGUGGAAAUGAAGUUCAUGUGCAUUUCAGGAACUUUUCUCUUUUGUUCAGACAAGUCCUGGACGUCACAGAUAGUUGGAGGAAAAUCUGCCAAAUAAUCUUUGUUGGACAAUAUGAUAACUUAUUUGUAUCAUGUAUUUUAAGUACCAAGGAUCUACAUCUUAUUAAAGAGAGGAAUUAAAGUAACUGGGAACAGCUGUACAUGUCUGUACAUAUAUAGUUAUCCCUAUUACAAAACUUUUCACAUUUAUAUCUUGUGUAAAAAAAAUCUUCAAGUGCAAUAGAAAUGAAAGAAGAGUCUUGAUAUUUUUUUUUUUUGGCAAUUAUUUUUCUAGGCGAUUCAGGGGUACUAUUCCAUUGAUGUAUGUGUUGUCCUCCAAGUCUAGCUCUUGUUCCUAUCCUUUACAUGGAGGUCUAGCAGUAUUUGUGUAGACUGGUGAAGUUAAUGGCUGCCUGUUUGUGAUCUCAUUACACAUGUACCCACAUGGGCCAUGGACAGGUAAAUUCACCCGUGUCUCUCCAUACCUGGUGUGUACUUGCGUGCUUAAAGGCUUGGGAGAUGCAGGGACGGAUAUGUCCUACUAGCUCUUGAGAAGGCAUCAUCAAAGCAUCUAAGGGAGCUUGCUAGCCUGCCCGAGCUAGUCACGCCCCAGGCCUCUCAGCAUCCACAUCUUCCUGGUGUGGGUCUUUGUCGCAGGACAGCAUAUGUGGGUCUGGGCAGGUGUCAUAGGAUCGGUCUACCUCCCAACUCUCAUCCAUGGUGCUCGGGGAAAAUCCUCAAUAAAUCAAGAAAAAAAAAACACAAAGAUGUUAACCUGGUGCUCUUCCACAGCACCAGCUAACAUGAAGAUGAAGACUGUGGUAGGUUUGUCUUUUGGAGCCAGUUUUUGUACUGAACUAUUCAGCAAAAAUGGCAUUCAUUUAAGUGCCUACUGUAUUCUAAAGGGAAUAUUUUUAUAUAAACAUUUAAAAAAAAGAAAAAUCAUUUCAGUUAACAUGUUGCAUCCAAACACCUUAGGGUUCGAAAGCAUUUUUAAACAACAUUAUUUCUGUUCUUUUGUACAAAUCCCCUUAUAGCUGUAAUUAAUAUCUAAAGAUAUUAGUGAAAAUUUAGUUUUCAAUAGUAAGCUUUUUUAAAACAAAUGUGUAUAAUUAUGCAAGCUUUGUUGUAUACAGUGGAUCCCUUUCUAAUUUAAAGUUAUUUAAUUGUCAAAAUGUUGUAAACCUUACAAGGUUCUCUUUAUUAAGGCAAGAGUUCUUUUUUAAUAGCUUUAUGUAUCAGUUUCCCAACUGGUCUUGGAGUUUAUAGAUUUUUAUUUUAUGUGUAAAUGUGGAGCUCCAGAGAACAAAUUUAUUUGCAAUAUUUUUGUUUGUUUGUUUUCCAUUGUAUUUUUCUAUAUGAUAAUCAAACUGUACUGUACGGGGACUGUGUUCUAUGCUAUUAUUAUGAUUUUUAAAGAAAGGUAUUGACGAUAUGUGAACGUUCCAUGUCAAAUUCACUAGUUAGUUGAGCUCAGAAUACCUCACACUGAUACACUCAUUUGGGAGGAAUUGGUUGCUGUUACGUGUCUUCUUUGUGAAUUGACUUCUGUGUCUGUAUGUGAAACAUCAGCUAAAAAAAACCAAAUCAUCGCAAUCUGAAGAAGCAGAAUGAUGUCAUCGUUUGCCCACAUUCGUUACCGCUUUCUCGUAUAUGCCAUUUCCAAUACCUGUCUUGCAUUAACUAUGUUCAGAUGUUCAAUAAAUAUUUGAAAUCUA